AUGACACGCCUGUUCUACCAUGCUGUGGCAUCAGCAAUGGCGCUUGUUGCCUCGCUGUCGUCGCUCACAACUGCUCAAUAUUCCAAUAGCAGCAGCACGGACGGAGUGACUGCAGGUAUCGAAGAAGAGAACUUCGGCGUGGGGUGCGGUGCCGCCAUUGAGUACCCAAAGUCCACUGACGACUCCACUGCGCAACCACGGUUUGCAUAUUUGGUCACGAACCCGUUGGCGAAUUUCAUCGCGGUGCACUUCAAGCAGUUCAAUUUACCCAAGAGCGACUAUGUCCAAGUGCGUGCAGCGGACCCUGCAGCUCUGGACACUCGCGUGUUGCAAUACCGUGGCAACGAUUCCACGGGCGGUUUCUUCGCUGAUGCGCUGUCGACGUCGCCAAUUCAUCCGGAUGCGUCGGAUUUGCGGUGGAUAGCUACCAGUAUCUGGGUCAGGGCUCCACACUGA